AGAAGCAGAAGAGAGAGAAGUGCAUGGAUCGAAAGGUCGAGCGAGACACGAGGUGCCGAGUACUCGAUGGAACGACACCGCUGUGAACGGUGGAAUCGUUCAGUCGUCGGCGCGAGAUCCGCUACCGUUGACGUCUGAGCGUCCUCUCGCGAGGAUCACGCCAAGAGGAAUUCUCUUACUUCAGGAACGAACGAACAACACCCGACAGGAGCUGCUGACUUGCAUAGAACCGGUACGACCGCAUGGUGGGGUGAGUGCUCGUGGAAGAGUAGGAAAGAAACUGGUGUGUGUCGGUGGUGGGAGGAGGAACAAGUUUGAGGAGCAGAAAAGACUCGCAAAAUGUCGAAUAACAAGGACGUCAGCGCGUUUGCUGACGAGCGAAAGAUCGACAUCGAGAAGCCAUACUGGGAUCAGAGCACGUACAAGGGUAGGGCGCUACACUUCCUCACGGUCACGAACCCAUUGAAUCUAUUCCUCAGCGCCAAGGAGCUCGAGCACGCCCGAGACAUCGUCACAAAGUACAGAAAAGGAGAUAGCCUGGCACAAUUAAAGGUGACGCAGGACGAGUUAUGGAAAUGCAAAUACCGGUACGACAGCGCGUACCAUCCCGACACGGGCGAGAAAAUGUUGCCAAUUGGACGCAUGAGUGCCCAAGUUCCGAUGAAUAUGAUGAUCACCGGCUGUAUGUUGACGUUUUACAAAACGACAGCGCACGUCGUCAUUUGGCAGUGGAUAAACCAAUCGUUCAACGCGAUCGUCAAUUACACAAACCGCAGUGGAUCAAGUCCAAUCCCCAUGAACACGAUUUUACAAAGUUACGCCAUUGCAAGUGGAGGAGCUGUGAUGACAGCCCUCGGGUUAAAUCGACUUUUACGGAAUGCACCACCCUUGGUAGGUCGAUUAGUACCGUUCGCAGCAGUUGCCGCUGCCAACUGCGUAAACAUUCCCUUCAUGAGAAUGCCGGAGCUUCAAAACGGGAUCGAAUUACAAACGGAAGAAGGUACGAAGGUCGGCAGCAGUAGACGAGCAGCAAGCAAAGCCAUUGCCGCUGUUACUCUGUCUCGUAUUCUUAUGUCUGCACCGAGCAUGAUACUGUCGCCCAUUCUAAUGAAUUUCAUGGACCGACGACAAAUGUUACGUAACGCGAAAUGGGCAGUCGUCCCCAUACAAGUUUUAAUUUGCGGAGUCUGCCUGACGUUCGCCACUCCUCUUUGUUGUGCUCUGUUCGUACAACGAGUACCUAUUUCGGUGGACGAUUUAGAACCAGAUGUACGAGAUCAGGUGCUCUUCGCAAAUCCUAAUCUUCGAACAGUAUAUUACAAUAAAGGCCUUUGAACAAGUCGCAAGACUGAAAUGCUAUCGGGGAAAAUAUGUAAAAUUAAAGAAACGUAUCGCGAAGUGGAGAGUUUAAAUCGCGAUAUUUCUAUGCAUAAAAGUCACUGACGACUCAGAAGUGAUUCUAUUAGAAUCGAAAAACAUAUAAACAUAUAAAUAAAUAUGCAAACAUAUCCCCAAGCGCUAUUCGCUGAUAUUACGACUACUGCUCGUCGUAACUACCAAAUACCGCCAAGGAAAAGUAACGGAGACAAUAAAAUGGUACAAUAAAGUAACAUUUAUUGAAU